AUGAGCUUUGCGUCGGGAUCCCGUCAAACCACAGUACUGCGAAUUUCUCGCAGCUAAACUUUUACGCUGUUUACGGAGGACUAUUUACCUAUUACACGGAGCGUCUCGUUGAAUUAUUUGCAUCAACACAGAGCGGGACCACUUCAGAAGUCACUCCAGAGCAGUUGCGUUCCAAGACAUUUUAAAUAUAAAGGAUAUGAUAUUGGACAUGUGAAAUACAAGGGGAACUUCAAAGAUGAAGCUGGCGUCUUGUCUGUGUUGCCUCGGCUUUCUUCUCACUUCAGUGGCGAUCCGGCUGAGCCACUCGCAACAAGUAUGCACCGGCACAGAGAAUAAACUGAGCACUCUGUCAGACUUGGACCAGCAGUAUCGGACCCUUCGCAAAUAUUACGAGAACUGCGAGGUGGUGAUGGGCAACCUGGAGAUCACCAGCAUCGAUCGCAGCCGUGACCUGUCCUUCCUCAGGUCCAUUCGGGAGGUGACCGGAUACGUGCUCGUGGCGCUGAAUCAGUUCGACUAUCUGCCCUUGGAGAAUCUGCGCAUCAUUCGCGGGACCAGGCUAUACGAAGACCGCUACGGGCUGGCUAUCUUCCUCAACUACCGCCGAGAUGGCAACUUCGGUCUCCAUCAGCUCGGCCUCAAGAACCUCACGGAAAUUCUGAAUGGAGGGGUGUAUGUGGACCAGAACAAGUUCCUGUGUCAUGCUGAUACCAUCCACUGGCAGGACAUUGUAAAGAACGCCCGGACUGAUCACCUGGUUGUGCCGUCCAAUAGCAGCAGCUCUUGUCAGAGAUGUCACAGAGCAUGCAAUGGACGAUGUUGGGGACCAAAGGAGAACCAAUGUCAAAGCUUGACGAAGACGGUUUGUGCUGAGCAGUGUGAUGGCCGCUGUUUCGGGCCGUACGUCAGCGACUGCUGUCAUCGCGAGUGUGCUGGGGGCUGUUCGGGCCCAAAGGACACAGACUGCUUCGCCUGCACAAACUUCAAUGACAGUGGCGCAUGUGUAACGCAAUGCCCACAGCCCUUCGUCUACAACCCCACCACAUUCCAGCUGGAGCACAACCCACGGGCCAAAUACACCUAUGGAGCAUUCUGUGUCAAAAAGUGCCCACAUAACUUCGUGGUGGACCACAGCUCUUGUGUCAGGGCCUGUCCGAGCAACAAGAUGGAGGUGGAGGAGAACAGGAUCAAGAUGUGCAUUCCCUGCACUGAUAUCUGCCCAAAAGCAUGUGAUGGCAUUGGCACUGCCAGUCUUCAGGCGGCUCAAACCGUCGACUCCAGCAACAUUGACCGAUUCAUCAAUUGUACCAAGAUCAACGGCAACCUUGUGUUUCUCAUCACAGGGAUUAAAGGGGAUGUAUACCACAAUAUAGAGCCCCUGGAUCCAGAGAAACUCAAUGUGUUCCGCACCGUUCGGGAGAUUACCGGUUUUUUAAACAUUCAGUCUUGGCCGGAAAACAUGACUGAUUUGAGUGUCUUCUCCAAUCUGGCAACCAUUGGUGGGAGGUCUCUCUACAGUGGUAUUUCUCUACUGGUGUUAAAGCAGCAGUGGAUUUCCUCACUGCAGCUGCAGUCGCUCAACGAGGUUAGUGCAGGAAACAUCUACGUCUCUAACAACAGCCAACUUUGCUACUACAACACCGUCAACUGGACUCGUCUUUUCCGCACCAACACCCAGAAGGCCCUGAUCCGAAAUAACCGGGACCCCAAAGAGUGCAUUUUAGACCGUAUGGUAUGCGAUCCAUUGUGUUCGGAUGCCGGCUGCUGGGGUCCGGGGCCUGACCAGUGCAUGUCCUGUCGGUUCUUCAGCAGGAGCCACACCUGUGUAGAGUCCUGCAACCUGCAUGAAGGGGACUUGCGUGAAUUUGCUAAUGGCUCAGUGUGCUUGGAGUGUGAUGCACAGUGUGAGGUGGCAGAAGAUGAUGGAUUUACCUGCACUGGACCUGGUCCUGAUCACUGUGUUAAAUGCCUUCACUUUAAAGACGGGCCCAACUGUGUGGAGAAAUGCCCCGAUGGCCUCCAGGGAGCAAACAGCUUCAUCUUCAAAUACGCUGAGGCCAACAAUGAGUGUCACCCUUGCCAUGUCAACUGUACCCAGGGAUGCACUGGACCCCGUCUACAAGACUGCAUUGGUAUGAUGGACAGGACUCCGCUCAUUGCCGCCGGGGUUAUCGGCGGGCUGUUUGUGGUGAUCAUCGUGGGCUUGAGCAUUGCAAUAUCAGUGAGGAGGAGAAGCAUAAAGAAGAAGAGAGCCCUGAGACGCUUCCUGGAGACUGAGUUGGUGGAGCCCCUUACGCCCAGCGGUGCGGCCCCUAACCAGGCCCAGCUGCGCAUUCUGAAGGAGACUGAGCUGAAAAGGGUAAAGAUCCUCGGAGCCGGAGCCUUUGGCACUGUUUACAAGGGCAUCUGGGUACCCGAAGGCGAGACUGUGAAGAUUCCUGUGGCCAUAAAGAUCUUGAACGAGGCAACAGGCCCUAAAGCCAACGUAGAGUUUAUGGAUGAGGCUCUCAUCAUGGCCAGCAUGGAGCAUCCUCACUUAGUGCGGCUGUUGGGUGUGUGCCUGAGCCCCACCAUCCAGCUGGUCACUCAGCUAAUGCCCCACGGCUGUCUGCUGGACUAUGUGCAUGAGCACAAGGACAACAUUGGCUCCCAAUUACUGCUCAACUGGUGUGUUCAGAUCGCCAAGGGUAUGAUGUACUUGGAGGAGAGGAGACUUGUGCACCGGGAUCUGGCAGCUCGGAACGUCCUAGUGAAAUCGCCCAAUCAUAUAAAGAUCACAGACUUUGGUCUGGCUCGUCUCCUGGAUACAAAUGAGAAGGAAUAUAAUGCAGAUGGGGGCAAGAUGCCUAUAAAGUGGAUGGCCUUGGAAUGUAUCCACUACAGGAAGUUCACCCACCAGAGUGAUGUCUGGAGUUACGGAGUGACGAUAUGGGAGCUGAUGACAUUUGGAGGAAAGCCAUAUGACGGAAUCCCAACACGAGAGAUUCCCGACCUGUUGGAGAAAGGAGAGCGACUCCCACAGCCUCCCAUCUGCACUAUUGACGUCUACAUGGUCAUGGUCAAAUGCUGGAUGAUAGAUGCAGAUAGCAGACCCAGAUUUAAAGAGCUCGCUGCAGAAUUCUGUCGAAUGGCAAGAGACCCACAACGUUACCUAGUGAUCCAGGUAAGAGUCUCGCAGGGAGAUGACCGCAUGAAGCUGCCCAGCCCCAACGACAGCAAGUUCUUCCAAAGUCUAUUAGAUGAAGAGGAGCUGGAAGAUCUGAUGGACGCCGAGGAGUAUUUGGUCCCACAAGCUUUCAGCAUUCCUCCUCUGGCAUGUACAACAAGAUCACGCAUGGACCCCAAUAGAAACCAGUUUGCAUACCAGGAUGGAAGUUUUGGCAUGGAGGAGAUGAUGGCCACUAUCCCUCGGGUCGUGGCUGUGUCUGCUGUAAGCCCAGCUUGUUCCUCUCAGAAGCAAUCUGUGGCCCAUCAGGGGGCCUCGGGGUCCUCCGAGGCAUAUGAAGACGGCCGCUGUAAUGGAACUCUCAAGAAGAAGGCUUCACCCAGGGCGAGCACCGGGGAGGACAGCUGUGGUCAGCGAUACAGCGCAGAUCCAACUGUGUUACUAUGCGAACGUGGAGUCAGAGCUGAGACUGACCAGGAUGGAUACAUGGGCGCCAUGGACAAAAAACCCACAGAUUAUCUCAACCCAGUGGAGGAAAACCCCUUCGUCACCCAUCGCCGAAACGGUGAGGUCCACACUCUAGAACGAGCUUACCACAACGCCUCAAAUGGGCAGCCCAAAGUGGAAGAAGAGUAUGUCAACGACCCUCUAUACCUCAACACCUUCCACAACUCUGGGGAAAAGAGUCACAAUGUCCUGAGGAAGAACGGAGUCCCUGUGGCUCACCCAGCGACAGUAGCAGCAGCAGCUAAUUCUGCCGCUUCCAACAGCCAGAAUCUCGCCCAAAUCGUGCAACCAGCAGCACCCGGUGCCCUAGUCACAGCACAGCCUCUAUACCAAGGCCAACAAGGCAUCUCCACACUCUCAGGCCACACCCUCCACUCGGCCCACCCUGGACACACCCUUCAUCCAAAGCACAUCCUUCAUCCCAUUCACUCCGGGACCAUCAUGGCCGACAAAAAGCCCAAAAACACAUUUGACAAUCCCGAGUACUGGCAACACAGUCUUCCGCCCAAAGGAACACUUCACAGUCCCGAGUAUCUGCAGGACUGCAGCACACGCUUCUUCUACCGGCAGAACGGUCGGAUUCGGCCCGCUGUGGCAGAAAACCAGGAGUACCUGACGGAGUAUGCGCUAAAGCCGGGCACGGUGUUGCCACCUCCCCCUUAUCGCCAGAGGAACACUGUUGUGUAGUAACAUCUGCCGAUGGAAGCGAGUGUGGAUACAGGUAGAAAGAGAGACCCUCAUAUUGUGUUCUCACCCUGGCUCUCUCACACCAGCUCUCUCACAGGUUGUCUCCAGUCCUCUCCGACCUGGGUUUUAACAGUCAACAACCUGGAACUGAUGCGCUUGAGUCACUCCAGACGCGUUGGUCACAGAUGACCACAUCAGUCAAAGCUCCACGCUUGUCUUUCCUCACUUUAAUCACCGUAUAGACCUGUCUCCCACCCCACCCUUUGGAAAGCUAUAUAACUGUGAUCUUCCCAUCAUAUGGCAGAUGUUACAUUUGGUACAAGAGGAACUUGCAUUUAAGUACAAGCCCAACGCCACAUUGUAUUCGGACGUAAAAUGAAAAUGCAACAGGUUUUAAUCUUGUGUUUAUUCGGGUUUGGGAUUUAGAUUUAGAGCUGCAAUAUGGUUGUAAUUUAUCACUUUGACUAUUGUUGCUGUUAGUAUUGAAGACGGUUUAGUUUAUUUUAGCAAUCCAUACAACCUGGAGCUCACUAAGAUUCUUUGUCGUGUAGCCUUCUCAUUGGGGUCUGGAAUGGAGGAUAUGACCAGUCAGCAAUUGAAUUGCAUCCUAAAUGCUAUUCCAUACAUACAUGGUUUGUACGCAUAUGUAUCAUUUCGCUCAAAUAAGGCACUUUCAUUUUUCUUCUUUAUAAUUUUGAGCCCUCUCUUUGUUUUAAGAAAGACUGGAUUUAUUUUCCACCUGCUUGUACACUGGUAACAGUCCUGCUGUCCACAUUAGACUACUGAGCGACACAGCAGCAAUGUGUAAAGAAAACGUGAUAUAAAGAAACGCGACAUGCUGAGAAAUGCCAACAGCUACUCUUGUAUGAAAUCCAGAAGCCAGGCUUUACAGCAGCCUGAAUCAAUAACUUCAUAAAACGAGAUCUGCAACCGUCUACUGUAAUCAUGUUUUUAUUGUUGAUCUUGCCACCAUCGAUCUUCACACUCACACGGUUGUCACUUUAAGGCACCCUUCCUUUGUUUUUGCCAUUUAAUGUGGGGAAUUUAAAACCCAAACUGGGUUUACCGUGAACUUCAGAAACUAAAAUCAAUACUAGCGAACCCAACAUGUCUGUCUUGUUCAGACGGACGUACGCCGAAUGGAUAUUUACACGGCUAUGGGAGACCAGGUUUGAACGAAAGACUUAACAGCACACAACUCCUGGCUACAGUUUUGAAAUAUGGCCGGACAACUGUUACAUCUGUAUAAACUUAAAGAUCACAUGCGAAUCCAUCCAACAGAAGUCUGAGAUGCACAUAACCUGCAGUGGGAAAUGAUUAAGAUGGCUGCUUUUUCUAGCUGUGUUCAUAAUAAAUGUGACUUUGGAGACGUAUGAAACAGAAGACAGGAAUACCAUCAUGCCAUGAGGAACAAAUGAGAAUGCGGGAAUGGAACGUUUGCCCCAGGGCUAGAGAUGAGACUGCCUCAAAUCUGUCAUCUCCAUUUGAACCGUCUCCCGUAAUGACUUUCUAUAUGGAGUGUUGAAGUUCCAGAAUACUCAUGGAAAUAACAGCAAGGAUGGGUUUAGAGGUUCAGCGUUUUGUUCCACUCGAACGGUGCGACAUCCUGGAUAUGAACCAUGACAUCCAUGUUUCUCAGAUUUGUGUAUAGUUUUGAACACUGCCAGGCACUUUGCUUCUCUGUUGAGAGGAAUAAUAAUGUGAUGUUGGUGGCUGGGAAAUGUGAGGUUUUUAUAGCACUUGCCAACCUGGCACAGGUUGCAUGCGUUUGUUUUGAACACCAACAGCACUGAUUGAAUUACCAUGAAUUUAGUCGACAUGACUAUAGCAAACAUCACCUAUCCAUGUGCGUUCGUUUUGCUGCAUCAUGUUUUUUGUGAGUCUGUGUGUGUUUGAAGGUUUUGCGGUUCCAUGGAGCACUUUAAAUAUUGGACGUAGCAAAAAUAGAAAGGAAUGAUAUUUUCAUUAUGGGUAUUACGGUUCCCAUGUGACAAUAGAUUAGACAAAUGACAUUUUUGGCGCUCUAGUGAAAAACAAAAUCAGGGAAUUUUAGUGACAUGUGAUUUUGCCAAACACAGAUGUUUACUAAUGAAAGUGUUUAUCGCAAGCUUUCCAACAGUCUGAAAAAGAAUUCUCUGCCAAUUCGUAUCUAGCUAAAGCAACUGCUUAAUAAGAUAUUGAUAUAAGAUUUGAAUAUGACUAUACUUAGCAAACCUUUAACAAUAAUAUAAGACACUUUUACAGAUCUUGAAUCAGAUACUUGAAAUUGAGUCAUUUUAGCUCUGAUAGAGUUUGGGAUAACUUGCUUUUACAUUUAUGAUGUAAGUACAAUGUGUAGAAUUAAGGCCAUAUGAUAUUUCUAUUCAUGCUUAUGUUUGUGAUAACCCCAAAUGCUUAGUUAUGUAAGGCGUCUAUGGUCUAGGGCUAUCCAAAAUGCCCAAAGAAGGAAAUGCUAUUCGGUUUCAGUCCUGGAGGGUUAAGUUCCCACCAUAAUGAUAAGGAUCAAUAUUGUUCAAGAUUGUUUGAAAAGCAGUUGUGUUGCUUUUCAGCCAAACUGUCCAGGACAGCAACCCUUCGGGAUUUGAGUUGAAUAGCCUAGACAUAAGGUAUCACCCACUGUUACGAGAAUAUGAAUCAUUGUAGACCCUUUCGGUUACAACAGGUGGGAUGGAGAUUGAAAAGCCCUAUGUGAUGGGAAUAUAACUAUCGUGCUUAAACUACUGUUAGCGUUCUGCAGCGAAGUAAAUCGUAUGUAGCAAAGCUGCUGUGAAUACAGGGUGGAUAGAGAUCUUCUUAAUUCAUCAAGCUGCAAAUUGAGGAACAUGAGAUGGAGAAACUGUAACUGGUGUAUCUGGAUGACUCAUACGUUUGUAAACACUUUUACAGAAAAAAAUUAUACUCUCAAGUAACGCUGGGAGGUGAUGUUUGGAAAGAGCACAAAUGUUUUGUCUCAAUGCACAUUGUCGAGUGGAGUAACUCACAAUUAUCUCGAAAAACACUUGCUGUAAGACCUUGGAAAUGAACUUGUGUAAAUAUAUGAUUUUAUAAGGGGCUUGGAGAUGUUCAUGUAUGUAUGGAGGGUUGUUUUGGUGAAGGCUUCUCACUUUAUGUUCACACUUUUGACAUUUUACAUAACAAACGUUUUUAAUACAAUGCACAUUUAUUCAUCAGGUAAUUGUAAUACACAUGAUUUAGGUUGUGUGUAAAGGCAACCAUUAAAUACAUGUUUAAUUGACCUUAAACGAAUCUUACAAUUAUAAGAGUGUUGUCAUGACCCUGAUCUUUUACAGUGUUGAGAGGCAAUUAGCUUUACAAACUACUGCUUGCAUAUAUAUAUAAGCAAUGUUAUUUUAUUUUCUGUGGUGUAUAGGGGUACUUAUGGUAUGUUAUUGCACUUAUUGUUUAAAAAACAGUGGUAUCUUCCCACUAAGAUCCAUUUUGGUAUGCCCUGGGCUUUUCUUAAAGGGAUGCUCCAACCUAAAAUGACAUUUCUGUCAUGAAUUACUCACCCCCUAGUUGUUCCAAAACUUUAUACAUUUCUUACUUCAGUUAUAAGAUAUUUGGACGAAUGUUAGCAACUGUCAAUUGUGGGGCAUCGUUGACUACCAUAGUAGGAAAAAAAUCUUGUAAUUUUUUUCUUCUGUCGAACACAAAAUAAUAGAUUUUGAAGAAUUUAGGGGUGCAAACAGUUCUGGAGCACCUUGACUUCCAUUUUAAUUUUAACUACUAUGGUAGUCAAUGAUCCUCCAGAAAUCUCAGUUGAAAACAUUCUUCGAAAUAUCGUCCUUUGUGUUCAGCAGAACAAAGACAGUUAUACAGAUUUGGAACAACACAAGGGUGAGUAAUUCAUGACAGAAUUUAUGGAUGUCUCUUUAAUUUUAGCGACAAACCUUGGGUUCAAUUUAUUUUUUUAGUUUUUAAAUAUUGAGUUGUCCUUUGCUCAACUGAUCGUGUGCUUGCAUACAGUAUCACAGCAUCUUCAGCAAUGUUCAGAAGCACCAUGGAAACAAGCUUAUUUAUUGACCUCUCUUUUUAUUGCAUUUUUUGUCUUUUUGUUACGCUCACUGGAAUAUGGCAUGUGAUCAUAUAGUCGGGAGGUACGGAUAGAUUAAGCACAGUAAACACGUCAUUUUAUUAUAUCACAAGGACAACUUAAAGGAGGAUGUCAUCUUCCCACGGCAUUGACAUUUGGAAUGGUUGUUCUUCAUCAUUUUACUACUGUAUGUCAAUGAGAAAAUGUGAAUAGUAUUUUUAUAGACAGUUGAAUUGGCCAGAUGUAUUUGUAAAUAGCCGGAAAGCUCAUGACCCUUUUAAACUGAUGUUUUUUUUCCAUUUUCUUUUUUCACCUAUAUUGUGUGUGACCAGUUAUUCUUAUUUGAUGGCUGUAUAUAUCUGUAAUUUGAACAGCACAUAUCUGAUUUUGUAGACCUUGCAGUUUCUUUAAGUAAUUUUGGUGUUUUUGUGACUGUAUGUAGCCCAGCUUGGUGCAUUUUGUGUUAUCCUCUGAGCUCAGGAGGUAGAGGAUGUUUUCUUUUGGUCAUGCUCUUUUCCCCAUCACCCCACAUCCUCAAUUUACUCUUUUUGUACAGAAUCCAGCGUGGGGGAUGUGACAAUAGCAUUUGUAUCUCCCAGGAUCUCUCUGUGCCCGAGUUAGGCUUUUCCUGACUUCCGUCCUGGUCCCAUCGGUAGUGUCUUGUAUACUUUUUCAGUGUAUAGUUCAUAUUCAUACAGCAAUCCCUCUUUUUUUUUUCACAACCGCAGCCAGCCACGCUGUUAACCCUCUGAGCUCAGCCCAGCGCAUGGCUGUAAGCUCAAACAACUGCAAAAGCCACAAUUCUGUUCCUGGCCUUUGCAGAUUCGCCCCUCUCUCCAGGAGAUUCAUAAGCCAGCGUGUGUUAUUCGCCCUGUCAGGUGGACUAAUUGCCUGAAGGCUCCAUUUGGUCACGUUGGUCUUGAGUGACGGCUUGUCAAAACUAAAGUCAAGUCUUGUCAUUUUUGAUCCGGGGAUGAAGAGGGAGUCGAGGAGUCACUGGUUGAAUAGCUCAUCUUUCCUCCAUUGCUUUCUCAUUCCCCAAAGCUAGCAUUUAAAUACUGUUUCACAGUUUUGUUACCUGAAUCUAUAUUUUUAAUUUAAUAUAAAUAAAUACAACACCUGA